ACAAUUGCUGGGCUCACAAGUGCCGGUUUGCGUUAACUCUCUUCCCAUUCCACACAUUCGAGGCUCUCUCAACUGUCCGCCUCACUCUUCUUUCUGAUUUUGCCGUAGCUGUAAUCUCCACUCUCCCGUUCGUCGCUCCGUAGACAAAUUUUCGACUGCCUCUGCUUAGAAAUUCCCUCACGCCUCUGCAUGCAUGUCGCAUCCACCAAUUUGCACCUUCAAACGGACAAACUUGUAGGUUUUGGUCGCCGGUUUUCUUGAUAAGUUCUCUAAUUAUCUGACCAUUUUAGUCAAAUUUCACUGUCUUUGCCUGCUGGGUUGUUUGCUCCUUUAAAUUAUGGCUUCUGCAAUGCUCAAUGGAGCUGAAAGCCUCAAGCUCACCAGAGGAUUGGCCCCCAAGGGCUUGGGUUUUUCGGGUUCGAAUUUUCCCAGAUUGGGUAUUGUUUCCACCUAUAGAUGUUCCAAGGCCGCGCCCAUGGCGCCUAAGUGCAGUCUUUCUGCUUCCAGGCCAGCUUCUCAGCCUAGGUUCAUUCAACACAAGAAGGAGGCAUUCUGGUUCUAUAGGUUUCUCUCAAUCGUGUACGACCACAUCAUAAACCCUGGGCAUUGGACCGAGGACAUGAGGGAUGAAGCUCUCGAGCCUGCAGAUCUCAGCGAUAGGAAUAUGAUUGUGGUAGAUGUUGGUGGUGGUACUGGUUUUACUACUUUAGGGAUAGUCAAGCACGUGGAUGCCAAAAAUGUGACCAUCCUGGACCAAUCGCCUCAUCAGCUUGCCAAGGCUAAGCAGAAGGAGCCCUUGAAGGAUUGCAAAAUCAUUGAAGGGGAUGCUGAGGAUCUCCCAUUUCGUACUGAUUAUGCAGAUAGAUAUGUAUCUGCUGGAAGUAUUGAAUACUGGCCAGAUCCACAGCGUGGCAUCACGGAAGCAUAUAGGGUCCUGAAACUUGGUGGAAAAGCAUGUCUAAUUGGUCCGGUGUACCCAACGUUUUGGCUGUCUCGCUUCUUUGCAGAUGUGUGGAUGCUUUUCCCAAAGGAAGAAGAGUAUAUUGAGUGGUUCAAAAAUGCUGGAUUUAAAGAUGUCCAAUUGAAAAGGAUUGGUCCAAAAUGGUACCGAGGAGUUCGCCGGCAUGGGCUAAUCAUGGGAUGUUCUGUGACUGGAGUGAAGCCUUAUUCUGGUGAAUCUCCUUUGCAGCUCGGUCCCAAGGAAGAGGAUGUGUCGAAACCUGUAAAUCCAUUUGUGUUCCUGGCUCGCUUCCUUCUGGGAGCCAUGGCAGCUACAUACUAUGUGCUGGUUCCCAUAUACAUGUGGAUGAAAGAUCAGAUUGUUCCAGAAGGGCAACCAAUCUGAGUUGGGGAGAAGGGUUCAAGUUGAUGUUCUACUCUUGGAGAUGCAAUUAUAGUUUGCUAAUCGUAGUACUGUUUGUUUCUUGUUGCUUGUCCUUUCCACUUUGCUAAAUGUGUAUGAUUUUGAUUAAAACUUUUGCAGGAUUCAGAAAACUUCCAUAGAAUCAAAUCAGUCCUUCCAAAUUAAAGCUCCUAA